AUGGCACCGAAAGCCAAGCAUCACAAGGCAGCAGCCGCCCCCGUCGCCUCGGACGUCCAUGCGACGCCAACAAGCAAGCCCGUGGUCGAGCCCGAUUCCACUGGACAGUUCGUAUUUGGCGUCAAUCUGGACGAUCCACGCGAUGUCGAGGACGACGACCACGUGCUCGUUCCCGUCGCCAAGUUCGCUAUCUUGGCAAUGAUUUGUCUCAUGUCGUUUGCCAUUCGGCUCUUUGCGGUUGUGCGCUACGAGUCGGUGAUCCACGAGUUUGACCCGUACUUCAACUUCCGCACGACCAAGUACUUGGCGUCUGAAGGGUUUCUCGAGUUCCUCGACUGGUUCGAUGACCGGGCGUGGUAUCCGCUCGGUCGGAUCAUUGGGGGGACUAUCUACCCUGGUCUCAUGUACACGGCCGCGCUCAUCUACUGGGUGCUCAACUUGCUCAACAUCUCCAUCAAUGUGCGCAACACGUGCGUGUUCCUCGCACCUCUGUUUGCUGCCAACACGGCCAUUGCGAGCUACUUGUUGACCAAAGAAAUCACUAAACGAUCGAGUGCUGGUCUCUUGGCCGCUGCUUUUGCUGGAAUUGUCCCGUCCUACAUCUCACGCUCAGUGGGCGGCUCCUAUGACAACGAAGGUGUCGCGAUCUUUGCGCUCAUCUUUGUGUUCUACCUCUGGAUCAAAGCCGUGCACACGGGCUCUAUGUUCUGGUCCGCAGCUUGUGCGCUCGCGUACUUUUACAUGGUCGCCGCGUGGGGCGGCUACGUCUUUAUCAUCAACAUGGUCCCGAUCUACGUACUCGUGAUGCUCUUUGCAGGCCGCUACUCGCCGCGUCUGUACAUUGCCUACUCGACGUUCUACACGCUCGGCAGUCUCAUGGCGAUGCAAGUACCGUUCGUGGGCUUCAAUGUCAUUAAGCAAGCCGAGUGCGCGGGCUCGCAUGGAGUCUUUGUGCUGCUGCAGGUGUACUGCUUUGUCAACUGGCUGCGGACGUACAUCUCGGCCGCAUCAUUCCGUCGCCUCGUCAUCGUGGGUGCCGGUCUGCUUGUCUCGGGCUUCGCGCUCGCGCUACUGGUGCUGCAGCUCAUGGGGAAGGUGCAGUGGACGGGUCGCAGUCUGACGCUGUUGGACCCCACGUACGCGUCCAAGUACAUUCCCAUUAUCGCUUCAGUAAGUGAACACCAGCCGACGACGUGGACAUCGUACUUUUUCGACCUGCACAUUCUCGUGCCUUUUGCGCCAGUGGGUCUCUAUUUUCUGUUCCAGAACUUGACGGACGGCGGCAUUUUUGUCAUCUUGUACGGCACGGUGGCGUGGUACUUUGCUGGUGUCAUGGUGCGUCUGAUGCUCACGCUGGCGCCCGUUGCUUGCAUCCUUGGUGCAGUGGGAAUCUCGUCGACAAUGCGCAAGUUCAUGGGUAUUCUCGCUCGUCCAUCGACAUUUGUUGUGCUGCCGAACGGUGUGCAGCCUGUGCCGAAGAUCUUGGCUCUGGGUGUCGUUUCUGGCCUGCUGCUUAUGCUGCUGAGCUAUAGUAUGCACGCAACGUAUGUGUCUUCGAUGGCCUACUCAUCGCCGAGUAUCGUGAUUGAAGCUGGUCGGACGCGCACGGGUGAACGCGUGAACUUUGAUGACUACCGCGAGGCGUACUUCUGGCUGCGUCAGAACACGGAUGCAGAUGCCAAGAUCAUGUCGUGGUGGGACUAUGGCUACCAGAUGUCGGCCAUGGCAAACCGUACAGUCAUCGUGGACAACAACACGUGGAACAACACGCACAUUGCCACAGUCGGUCGCGCUUUGGCUUCUACAGAGGAGGAAGCCUACCCGAUCUUGCAGAGUCUGGAUGUGGACUACGUCCUGGUGAUUUUUGGCGGUGUGACGGGCUACAGCUCGGACGAUGUCAACAAAUUUCUGUGGCCUGUGCGUAUCGGAUCCGGCGUGUAUCCGAACGACAUGCCUUCAGAGCGUGAUUACUACUCAGCGUCGGGCAACUUUGACAUCGGCCCCGGUGGCUCGAAGGUGCUUCACAACUGUCUCGCGUACAAGCUGUGCUACUACCGCUUUGGUGAGGUGAGGACGGACUACCAGCACCCGGCUGGUUUUGACCGUGCCCGUAACACUGAGGUGGGUAUCAAGAACAUCAAGCUGACGCACAUGGAAGAGGCCUUUACGUCUGAGCACUGGAUCGUGCGUAUCUUUAAGGUGAAGAAACCGUCCAAUGUGGAAGCCACGACUGCUGUCAAGAAGGCGCGUUUGUCGGAAGCAUCGGCGCAAGAGAAGGAUAUCUCUAAUGAGAAGACGCGCUUCUUGGGCUGCACCACGGGCGAAGACAUGCUGGGCAAUGACCGUAUCUACACUGGCGGAUCCAGCGGUGCCAACUACAACCUUGCUCUGCAUCACGCGAAGGAGAAGGGCAAGCGCUACUUUGCGAUCGCGCGUGUAGCCGGUGAAGGGCACGCGUUUGCGUUUAACAAGCUUCCCGUGAACCAAGCGGACAUGGACGGCAACGAUGAGGGGUGCAGACGCCCAUGCCAGGACUCGACUUCGCACUUUUGCGGCUGUUCUGAUGGUGGCUGCACGGACAUGAAUGUGGACCCAGGCAAGGGUCAAGAACACAACCGUCGUUGGGCCAUCUAUGAGCGUCAGGCACAGCAAGCGUAA